AUGCAGCUUUGCAAGUCAUCUGUGAAUGUUUCACCACCAAGUACUAAGGCGUCCGGACCACAACGUUACCAAGAAGCGUUGGGCAAUUCAAAUUCAGAUUUCCCAGACCCUUCCGAUGCACCAUGUCAUCAUUCCUAUCUAGAUGGCCUUCAACUCUUGAACGGUCUACAAUUCUUCAGCGACGUCGGUCAAAACUGGAUUCGGCUUGCUACGGGGUCGAACCUCACAAACAGAUUCCUCCCAAUUCAUCAACACAACUCGCCUGGCAGUCCUCAGUCUUCAUCCUCAGACAGCCUACACCCUGUGACAUUCGAUGGAAUAAAGGACUUUGCUAUCGAAUUUACUUCAUCUGCACAGUUCCUUGUCUUUCCAACCUUCAGUCUCCAUCGUUUCAUCUCCACAACAUUACCUCUUGCAUACAAAGAUACUUUCAACACAGCAGACAGAUACAGUGGUAUAACUAGUGCUAGAGCUUGCGUGCGGGCCAUGUUGUUGACUAGCAAUGUCUUCGGUCCUGAUGUUCCAGAGGCUGGCGCGCUUGUUCCAAGAGACUAUGUGAGGGAAAUAGAAGCGUCGUUGCCGGUGAUAUUACGAGAGAUGACAAUAGAUGGUUUCGAAGCUUUGACGAUGCUGGUGAGCGCAUUCAUAAACAACCCUGAACAAGAUGAAGACGACUGUCAUACUAACCUCGGGAAGAUUAUAUACAAAUACUUCGUCGGAGAUCUUCAAUCAGCGUCAUUCUUGAUCUCAAUCGCAUCCCGGAUGAUUUUUAAGCUCGGCGCCCACAUCGCACCUUCUAUGACAGAACCAUACGACAAAGGAAACACCAGCCAUCACAUACGCGACCUUUUCUGGGUCUGCUACUGCAUGGAUAAAGAUCUAUGCCACAGAAUUGCUCAGCCACCUGCCAUAAACGAUGCUCAUUGCGACCUAUCUCUCCCCCCAAACUAUGCCGAGAAGCAAAACGCCAACAUCCUCAGCCUUAGCGAAUUCUCUCCAUACAAUCCCGCAACUGUACCGCUCUACCCGUGGGAUAUCCGGUUGUCCAUCAUAAAGUCUCGAAUUCACGACGAUCUCUAUUCGAUGAGCGCGCUAAGGCAGCCCGAAGCUGAGAUUCUGAGACGCAUUCGAUAUUUAGAUGAGGAAUUGGAGGUUUGGCGUCUUACCUUGUCUUUAGAUCAUCGUCCGACGCUUUCUUUCUUGGAUAAGACACCAGUGGACGCGCAGACGAAUACACAAGCGAUAAUGCUACGUCUCUCGUAUCAUCAUUGUGUCAUUUCAAUUCACAAAGCUCGAUGCAGGAUCUUCAGUCCUGCCUCUGGUCUGGUCGGAGACGGCCAUGAGGCGAACAUGCAACUAUUGGUUGAUGCUUCCAAGUCAAUCUUGACGUAUCUGGAGAAGGCUUUGCCAGUUGUAGCUCACGAAUGCUUUUGGAUAAUCCUUUUCUAUCCCAUGACAGCCAUCUUUACAGUCUUUUCCAUCGCACUCGUGAACACCCAAACCAAUUCGGUUUACAACAACUUGGCACUUCUACAAGACUUCACAAGGGUGAUUCGACAGAUUCCCAUUCGGAGGCUGACUGUUGCAGAGGUUUCUCACUUGGCAUUUAUCGAAGACCUUGUAGCGGAAAUGAGCAGAUUGAUGGUAGCUGCAUGUCAGAAAGAGGGGUACCCACUCUGA